AUGGCUCGUUUUGACGGAAAGCUCGUUAUCAUUACCGGGGCUGCCUCUGGAAUCGGCCUGGCCACCGCGCAACUGCUACUAAGCGAAGGGGCCUCGGUUUUUGGAAUCGACAGGGCUCCUCUACCGAAGGCGAAGAUUCUCUCAUCAGCGGCGGCCCGAUUCAAAUUCUACCAGGCGGAUCUGACGGCACCGAAUGUGAUAUCAGAAGCUCUCGACAACUGCCAAAGUCAAUUUGGCCCCAAAAUUGAUAUCCUGGUCAAUGCCGCUGGUGUACUUGAUUCUUGGGCAAGUGCUGACACCGUCACCGAUGAAGACUGGCACCGCGUCUUGUCCAUCAACCUCGAUGUCCCAGUCAAGCUGAUGAGAGCCGUGUUUCCGAUGAUGAAGGCCCAAAAUGCCGGGGCUAUUGUCAAUGUUUGUAGCAUGGCAAGCUCCAGUGGAGCCACUUCCGGCGUGGCAUACACGGCCAGUAAACAUGCAUUGGUGGGAGUGACGAAGAACACUGCAUUUCGGUUUCGGUGGGAAGGCAUCCGAUGUAAUGCAGUGUCUCCCGGGGGUGUUGCAACGAAUCUGGAGGCGUCGGUAAACCCGGCGACUGUCGAUAUGAUGGCUUUCCAAGCCUUUCUGACCGAUGAGAUAGGACAGCCGGUUCCUCAUAUCGGACCGGACGCGGUGGCUGAGGGAAUUGCCUUCCUCGCGUCAGAUCAGGCAAAGAUGAUCAAUGGGGCCAUUUUGCCUAUCGAUACUGCAUGGUCAACCAUAUGA